CAAUCUCAUUGUUUCAAGCGAAAACACAUCAUCCAUGCCUUUAACCUUGAAUGCACCACCAGGGAACAGCUCCUUGUUUACAGGAAAUGGCACUGGUGGCAGUGUGAAUAUUAGCAGUAACAGCUCAAGCACAUCUUACACUGUCACUGGUCUGACUGCUGGAGUGAACUACACAGUCAGUGUUCCUACAGUUGCUACAGAUGGACAAACUACAGGAGCAACAACUCAAACCUCAACAGUUUCAUAUGUUGUCACCAAUCUCACUGUUUCAAAUGAAACCACAUCAUCCGUGCCUUUAACCUUGAAUGCACCAACAGGAAAUGGCACUGGUGGCAGUGUGAAUAUUAGCAGUAACAGCCCAAGCACGUCUUGCAAUGUCACUGGUCUGACUGCUGGAGUGAACUACACAUUUACUGUUACCGCAGUUGCUGCAGAUAAUCAAACUACAGGAGCAGCAACUCAAAUCUCUACAUUCACAAAUCCGGGUGUUGUCACCAAUCUCACUGCCUCUAGUAAAACCACAUCAUCUGUGUAUCUAACCUGGAAUAAACCACCUGGGAACAGCUCCUUGUUUAUAGUAAACUGGACUGGUGACAGUGUGAAUAUCAGCAAUAAUUCUCCAAACCUGUCUUUCAAUGUCACUGGUCUGACUACUGGAGUGAAAUACACAUUCAGUGUUACUGCAGUUGCUGCAGAUGGACAAACUAAAGGAGCAACAACUCAAAUCUCAGCAUUUACAAAGCCAGAUGUUGUCACCAAUCUCACUGUCUCUAGCAAAACCACAUCAUCUGUGUCUCUAACCUGGAAUAAACCAACUGGGAACAACAGCUCCUUGUUUAUAGUAAACUGGACUGGUGGCAGUGUAAAUAUCAGCAGUAACACUUCAAACCUGUCUUACACUGUCACUGGUCUGACUGCUGGAGUGAACUACACAUUCAGUGUUACUGCAGUUGCUGCAGAUGGACAAACUAAAGGAGCACCGACUCAAAUAUCAGCAUUCACAACGACCUAA